UAUCCUGUGCUACAAAAUGGCUUUACAGGCAUUAUCACUUUCAGUCCCCCAUUCUAGGGAUGAGGAAACAGGUUUCAGAGAUGUUAAGUAAUUUGCCCACACAGCUAACAAGCAGCGGAGGAGCUGGGGCUGUUUGAAUCCAAAGUCCACACACUCCUAACCGCUCCGCUCCGCUGCCUCAGAUGAAUGUGGACGAACGAGGAAGAUGCGGGCGGCGCCUGGUUUCUCACCCCAGCUCACCUCCCUUAGUAGAUGUACCUACUAAGUGAGCUGCCCUUCCAAGCUUCGGGACACAGACCUCUUUGUCUCGGGGUCCCGCGGUCGGUCUCUCUGGGUCGGCCUGUCCAGGCCUCCGCGCUAUCUCCGCGGUUCCCGCCCCGGUCGACUUCAAAAGCACGCGCGGAGUGGCGCCGGCCCUUCCCCGGCAGCCCGUCCAACUGGAAAGAUCUGCCCCUUCCUCGAGGUCUUCAACCACUGGCAGCAAUGAGCAGCCUCCUAGCCACACCUCCUCCAGAAGAACUGAUGACUACUCCAAUUCUUCAGGCCACUGAGCCCCUGUCCCCAGAAGCUGGAGCCAGCACAGCACUCAUUGCAGUUGUUAUCACCGUGGUCUUCCUCACCCUGCUCUCAGUUGUGAUCUUGAUCUUCUUUUACCUGUACAAGAACAAAGGCAGCUACGUCACCUAUGAAUCUGCAGAAGGCGAGCCCUGUGCCAUCCUCCAGAUGGAGAAUGAUUCAGCCAAGGGCACAGAGAAGGAGGAAUAUUUCAUCUGACGAUUCCUGGGCCCCAAGGAGCUUAUUCCUAGCUCCAGUGCUAACACAUUGACUGCUUAAUUUAUUAGGUGAAAGUUUUCUCUGAAGCCAGUGAGAAGCAGUGAUUGAUGUAGGCAAAUCCAAGCUCCUUCCAGGACACAGUCCCAAAUGCCAACAUCACUGACUCCAGGGACCAGGGACAUGGAAGAAAGCUGCUUAUGAUGUCUUUAAACGGGCCUUUACAAUAGAGCUGGUGUUUGUAACUGGCCAACAAGGCAGAGCUCUACCAGGGGACAUUUGAGUACGUGCCCAGUCAUCUUAACUUUUUUCACAAGUCAAAGGGAUAGAAAAGAGAGUUAGGGUCACUGGCUGCUCCACUCUGUCCUCUACCUGGUCACCUAGUGAUAGCCCCAGUGGAGAUACUGUCCAGAGUUCAUCCCAGGUACUGGAUACCAUAGUAAAAGGCCAGGCCAGGAGGGGUAGACUAUGGAGAUCUUACCUCCUGAUAAGUGUGCUACCUACAUCCCUCAAUCUGAGCCCUUCCUUUCCAUAGUUCCCAACAACCUUAUACUUAUGUGAUUUUUAUUCAAAUUAAAAUUUUUCACUGAUGCAAAAAUCAGAUUGUCAUGUGCAAGAACUACCUUUAUCCUUGCUUAAGCUUUUUUUUUUUUUUCGUUUUCUUUUGCUCAUGUAACUCCUUUGCACAUGUUCUCUUUUUUUUCCCCCUCUCCUGACCCUCCUGCACAUGUUCUCUUCUAAGCCAUAAAAACCCUAGGAAAGUUCCAGAAGUUCCCAGAACUAUCUCAGAGGUUUGAGAUAAAGACGGUCCAGGGAAGCUUGUCUCAGAGGAGCAUCAUCAGAAACACACCCUGGGAGAUGAGUCGGUAUAGCCUCUAUCCUGGCAAGGACCAGAAUUUCCCAGAACCCAUUCUAUGUAUACACAGAGGGAACCAGGAAAAAUCUACCUACCACCUACUACCUACCAGGUGUCCUCAGAAUCAAGCCAAGAAGUUUCUUGGAUUUAACUUAGUCUCAAAAUGACAUGUGUUUAGAAGACACCAUGUUUGGUAUAAUUCAUUAGCUUCUCAGGUAUUUACUUUGGAAUUAAACUAGAUUUCCUUUGAGUUUUUAAUGUAUUGCCUCCAUUGUCAAAGCUCAAACCCACCCAAAGUAAGCUCCAAGAGUUGAAUCAAUCUAAGUAGCCUAGAUACUAGGAAUUUUCAGUAUUUCUCCACAGAGAACUUUGGAGAAACUGAAGGUCAUCCUGAAUGUAUACAAAUUGCUAUACUAAAACAUUUUCCUCAAGCCAAACUUUAAAGCAAAUUAGGAGAAUCAAUCAUUACA